CCUUGCGUCAUUUAUAUAAGCAGUAGUCUUCCGCGCUUUAUUUAUGGAGUUUUAAAGUGAUCGUUUGAGCGUCAGGCCAGUGUUCUGUCUAACCAGACGUUAAAAUGUUUCCACUGAGUGCAGUCGCGUGUCUUGUUCUCGUUGCCUCCACUACAGCAACGGAUGUACUACAAUGUAAAGGUCGAUCUGACUCAGGUUUAAGUGAGUCAGUUACGUUAACUCCUUGUAAACGCGCCCCUUGCCGUCUCAAAAAAGGCACCAACCAGCAUAUUAAAAUAGACUUCACACCCGAUGAGCCAAUAGCCGAAGUGAAGAACCAUGUGACAGCUGAGGUAUUCAACACCGAGUUACCGUUCGUGGGUGUCGAUGGAAACUCGAUCUGCGGUAAACUCUUUACUCCUGACGGGGAAGCAGCUUCAUGCCCGUUGAAGGCAGGCACAAAAUAUGUCUACAAAGACUCGUUCCCAAUUCUUAGUCUCUAUCCCAAUAUCGCCGUGAGAGUGCGCUGGUCAUUAAAAGCUAAAAAUAAAGAUAUCGUCUGCUUCGAAGUACCGGCGAAAAUCGUAUCAUAAUAAUUUUAAGUUAUGAUUAAGUAUUUUAUUAAUUAAACGUAAAUUUGUAUUUUUAAUUCAAACACGACCGACGGUUUCAUAAAGCUAUUGUACCAAUUAAAUGUUCGAAUGAUGUUGAAAGUAAGUCAACUAAAUUAUAAGUAAAUAAAACAUG